GUAGUUGGUUUAGCCCCACCCCCUGCAUCCGCCAUCUCCUGUUCCUACAUGGGAAGGCGGGCGAAUUUGAAAGAAGAGUAUAUUCGUUUACGUCCAAAAACAUAGAAAUUUGUAUAAUUUGUUUUAUACAAUUCCACAGAACCGACCAUACAGCAGAUUGGACCGUAUAAGUAAAGCUAAGGCACAACAACUUUAGUAUAACGUUGCAUGCAUCGUUUUUGUUGGUGUAAUCGUGGCAUUGUUCAUUUCUCGUGUGUUCGUCGUGUUGGCUAACGUUAACUGUCUAGCAGCAGUUUGCCGUUUCUGGAUCUGUAACGUUAUUGUCUUGCAAGAUGAGCAACAAAACCACACGAUUACCGUCGAGGAAAAGCAGCGAAGAAAUCAGAGAUUCAAACGGAAAGAGUCCACCACGAAGGAGGUCCUGCAGGUUGUCUGCAAAUGAUGAAAGUCUGGCCUCUAAAGUUGUGGCUCCACCUGUGGCUGUGAAACGGUCAAUCACUGUUAGGAAAAUUGCACCCAGGAAAACUCAGGCCCUGUCUGACAAUAACAAGGAGAAUGUGGAACGAUUAUCUGAAGUGCCGACAAAGCUGUCCAGAGUCUUGACAUCGUCCCCAGUUGUGGCAACAGUGCCCAAGACAGCUGUUCUCUCGCCCAUCCUGCCUCCUUCCUCUCCAUCUUCUCACCCCAAAAAAUCGGGGCAGGACCCCGUUUGGUCCCAAAAAGUGCGACGCUCCUACAGUCGCUUGAGUAUGGGGGAAAAGUCCUUUGAAAGCCCGAAAUCCUUUCAUGCACCUUCCACUUCUCCCAACAACCGAGAGACCCUGUUUGGUUUUGAGAGGCUUCAGACACCUGAGGUGAUGCGUAAAACUGAGGGAUCUAGAGUAGCUCCUCUGGGCUCUAUGUCCAUCUCACUGGGUUCUUUCAACAUGUCCGCUGCUGAUGACAGCACAUCAAACCCACCAGAAAUUGAUCAAAACAUCCCAGGUGUGUGCCUGGGGAAGAAGAAGACAACCAGGCGUAAGCGCAUACAACAGAUAAAGAUGUCAGAGUUGGACGUUCUUGCUGCAAAGAUGAAUGCUGAGUUUGAGGAAGCUGAAAGUUUUGAACUGGUUGUUGAAUGAAAUUUCUAAAGAGCCUCAUGCGCUCAGGACAUUUUCAGGACACGUCAUACCUUUCAACUUAUUACUUUUAUUAUUGUUCAUUAUGCUUACUGCCCGCUGUUUCUUCCUGUUUGCAAAAUCUAAACUUAGCAUGUUUAAAGAGAUCAAACAGUUUUGUUCUGAUAAUUUUUCUAAAUGCCACAAUCAUAAGUAAAUCUCUAAAUUACAAUGUUGAAAAACUUGUUGGUCUUUACUUUUUGGUUAUUUCUGUGUUUUUUGUUGUUGUUUUUCAUAUUUGAUGAAUCAGUUUUGUUAAAUUUUGUCAUUUUAAUAAAUAGCCUUUUGGAGUAGUA